AUGGAUAAACAAAAAAUCCCCUGCGAUAGUGUUGUGACUGGUCGUUGUCAAGUCAAUGGACGUACGAUUUAUUUGUUCAGUCAAGAUUUCACUGUAUUCGGUGGUAGCCUGAGUCUUGUUCAUGCUAAAAAAAUAUGCAAAAUAAUGGAUCAAGCAAUGUUAGUCGGUGCUCCAGUUGUUGGUUUGAACGACUCAGGUGGUGCACGUAUUCAAGAGGGUGUUGCCUCUUUAGCCGGUUAUGCUGAUAUUUUCCAACGCAAUGUGAAUGCUUCAGGUGUAAUUCCACAAAUAUCUGUUAUCCUGGGUCCAUGUGCUGGUGGCGCUGUAUACUCACCUGCACUGACUGACUUCAUUUUUAUGGUACAUGAUACAUCCUACCUUUUUAUCACUGGACCAGAUGUUGUGAAGUCUGUUACCAAUGAGGAUGUUACGCAGGAAGAACUUGGUGGUGCUAAGACACAUACAACAGUUUCAGGCGUAGCUCAUCGAGCCUUCGACAAUGAUGUUGAUGCUCUCUUAUCAUUGCGUAGAUUUCUAACCUUUCUACCAUCUUCCAAUAAAGAAAAAUCACCAAUUCAAGAAUGUCAUGAUCCAACUGAUCGUUUAGUUCCAUCUUUAAAUACAGUUGUUCCUUUGGAGCCUACAAGUGCUUAUGAUAUGACUGAUGUUAUACGGAAUAUUGUUGACGAAGGCGAUUUCUUCGAAAUUAUGCCUACAUAUGCUAAAAACAUUAUAGUCUGCUUUGCACGAAUGGGUGGUCGAACUGUUGGUAUUGUUGCAAAUCAACCAAAAGUCUCCGCUGGUUGCCUGGAUAUAAAUGCUUCUGUUAAGGGGGCACGUUUUGUUCGAUUCUGUGAUGCAUUUAACAUUCCUUUGAUAACUUUGGUCGAUGUCCCGGGAUUUCUUCCAGGUACUAGUCAAGAAUACGGUGGUAUAAUUAGACAUGGUGCAAAAUUGAUAUUUGCUUAUGCUGAAGCAACUGUGCCUAAACUAACUGUUGUCACUAGAAAGUCAUAUGGUGGCGCUUAUUGUGUUAUGAGCUCUAAGCAUUUACGUGGAGAUAUAAAUUAUGCUUGGCCAACUGCUGAGGUUGCAGUCAUGGGUGCAAAAGGAGCAGUGCAGAUUAUUUUCAAGGGGAAAGACAAUCAAGCUCAGGCUGAAGAAGACUACAUAAAAGCAUUCGCCAAUCCCUUUCCAGCAGCUAGUCGUGGUUAUGUCGACGAUAUUAUUGAUCCGCAUUUAACACGUGCUCGUCUAUGUCAUGAUCUUGAAUUGUUGGCAGAUAAGAAAUUAGAAAAUCCAUGGAAAAAGCAUUCGAAUAUGCCACUUUAA